AUAAGACAGGAGCCUCUUUGGCCCUGAGGUGGGCGUUUGGGCUGACAGAAGGGUAUAAGUAAGUUGGCUAAUAGUGACGGACCACAUAAGACCGAAAGAAACUCCAGCAGGCGAUGAUGUGCAGAGUCGCCAUGGUGUUGCUGUUGCCGAUGCUGGUGUGGGCGGGGACAGAAUGCAAAGCUCGCUGUCGUCUUACCAACCUCUCCAUCACCGUGGAGAGCGACGAGUGCGGCAGCUACAUCACCAUCAACACCACGGCCUGCGCCGGCCUCUGUCAGACCCAGGUACAGGAGAGAGCGUAUCGCAGUCCAAUGGCGCCGUACAUCCAGAACACCUGUAACUUCAAGGACUGGACGUAUGAGACUAUCCAGCUGCCAGGCUGUGCUCCGGGAGUUGACUCGUCCUUCACCUAUCCCGUGGCUCUGAGCUGUGAGUGCAGCCUGUGUAACACAGAAGUCACAGACUGCGGCGCUUUCAGCAUGCAGCCGAAUAGCUGCCACACACACGCCUACUACUGAACUGGCCCACUUUCAGCAUCUUAAUAUUAGUUUUGAAAUAUUGUGCACCAAGUUUCAUCUUUCAGAUUAAUUUUCUCACAUAUUUCACACACAAACCUGGUACAUGUAUGAAAUGAAUUUAAAACACACACACACACUGCAAAUUAGACACAGGUCUGUUGUUUGUCUGUGUGACCCUGAACGUCAUGAAGGACAUGGUGUGUUGUUGCUCAGCAUCACCUGAGCAUGUAAACACUGCUUCAUUAAAACAGCUCACAUGCA